AUGGCUUUUAAUACCAUUUUCACUCAUUCUUUAAGGGUUUUCAUUGCCUUUCUUAUAUUCCAUCAGCCUCUAGUAGUUAUGUCAAGAAGUUUGAAGCAUGAAAACCCACAAUCCUUGAACACCCUUUUCAGUCUAGAGGGACUAAGCAAAGGUCAGACAGACAAAAAUCUCCAUUACAUCAGACAAUACCUCAAAAGAUUCGGAUACUUAAACCAAAAUGAAACCACCUUAAACGAGGACUACUUCGACGACGCUUUGGAGUCUGCAAUCAAACUGUAUCAAAGAAAUUAUCAUUUGAAGAUUACAGGGAAGCUUGACUUUGAGACCAUUAAGGAAACCACACUUCCACGGUGUGGGGUUCCUGAUACUGGUAUACGUUUUAAGAAUAUCAAUAAGAACGAUAGUGGUCAUGAUCAUAAAAAUAUUAACGUAGACGAGGCCGAUUUCUUGACCAUCAAGGAUCGUUCUCUCUAUGCAUUUUUUGAUGGAAAUCCGAAAUGGAACACAUUCCUACUGACAUACUCGUUCGAAUCCGCUGUUCAACCAGUUCCACAGGAAGAUUUAAGUUCAGUUUCCUCACAGGCAUUUGCACAAUGGGCGGCGAAUAGCCAAUUCACAUUUGAGGAAAGGGGUUCAGCAACCGACAUCUCGAUUGGUUUCUUUGUUGGUGAUCAUGGGGAUGGUGCUCCUUUUGAUGGCAAAGGUGGCGUUUUAGCUCAUGCGUUUGCCCCGUCUGCUGGUCUAUUGCACAUUGAUGGAGGUGAGACUUGGAGCUUAGAAAGCCCAACACCGACUGACCAAAUUGAUUUGUUUUGGGUGACUUUGCAUGAACUUGGGCAUGUUCUUGGACUUGCACAUAGUGCAGAUCCCGAGGCCGUUAUGUUUGCCAGAUAUACACCCGAAGCUGUCAAGAGAACUUUGACCCCUGAUGAUAUUGCAGGCAUACAGGCUUUAUAUGCAGAGCAAUAA